GGGGGGGGGAAAAAAAGACGUAUCAACGAACACGGAGAGAAGAAAGAAAAGAGGGAUGUCGAGGAGAGAGAGGCCUUUUCUUCAUAGAGUGUUCUCGACCCUGUCCCAAUUUCCAGGCUCGUGAUAUAGGCAUGGACUCGAGGGCGCGAUAUUACGGUUACGAUUAACCGGCAGCAAGAUGCACACGAAGCGGCACUCACUAGUCGAAGAAACAUGUUAUAUCUUGAGAAUAGAAGGAAAUUAUCGAAAGUAGUAAUUGAUUGAGGGAAAUUGAUUGGAGGAGUAGAGAAAAAAAGAAAGGAGGGGGGAGGGGGAAAAAGGAGUGAAAGAGAAGAAAGAGAGAGUAUAAAUAUUAAAGGCGAGCAGAGGGAGAUGAGAAGGAGGAUAGGAAUAGAGAAGAAACGGGGUUCAUAUGCAUGAACUAUCGAUAUCGUCGUGUGUAUAGGCAAAGCAGAAUGUUCAAGAGCAGGAUCUUCCAGGGCGAUCUCAGCCCUGUCCCAAUUCCGGGCAACUUGCAACAGUCCAGCCAGCAAGGUCAGCAAGGCGAACAGGAGUUGGCAACGAAGAUGUUGCAGAUCCAAAGUAAAAGAUUCUAUCUUGAUGUAAAACAGAACAGACGUGGGAGAUUUAUCAAAGUAGCCGAGAUCGGCGCCGAUGGAAGGAGAAGCCAAAUCUACCUGGCACUCAGCACAGCAUCCGAGUUUCGGAAUUACCUUUCAACGUUUAGUGACUUUUAUGCAUCUUUAGGUCCACCAAACUCGGAGAACGUGCCAGAUGAUGGGAAAUUAAAAUCAGAAGUGAUGACAAAGGAUAACAGGCGGUAUUACUUGGACCUCAAGGAAAAUACUCGCGGCCGUUUCCUGCGGGUGAGUCACCCUGUGUCGCAGACGAUAACACGAGGAGGACCCAGGACGCAGAUCGCGAUACCAGCACAGGGUAUGAUCGAGUUCCGUGACGCGUUGACAGACCUCCUCGAAGAAUACGGUACGGACGAUGGUGGUUUCAAGGGUGAUUUACCAGAGGGACGAUACAUGCGCGUGGAUAGCAAGAAUUUCUAUUUUGAUAUCGGCCAGAAUAACCGUGGUAUCUACAUGAGAAUUUCUGAGGUGAAGACACACUUUAGAACAGCAAUCACCGUACCAGAGAAAUCCUGGGAACGUUUCCGUGAUAUAUUCGCAGAUUAUUGCGAAAGAAUGAGAGAAAGAGGCGCUGGGAGCAACGUCGGCAUGAACAGCGGUGGCGGAGGAAAUGUCUUGCCCGAGGGGAGGGGCUCGGUGGUGGCACAGAGUUCAUACAACCAGUCAAUACUGGUUGCUCAAUAUAGAAAUUCGUAAUUGCACGCAGAUCCGAUAGAGAACGAUAUUUGACGUAAUUGAUCAUCGUCAUGUUGACUUCCGAUCUAUCGGCCACCACUAGUUGUUGGUGAAAAAAGGAAAAUCAAAAAGGAGGAAAAGCAGAAAGGAAAAGAAAAAAUAAACGGUGAAGGAUAGUGGAUUAAAAGAGAAUAGAUGAUGUGUGUGUGUGCGCGAAACAAAAUAAAAAACGAGUCUGCCGCUCGUGCGAUUCCAUGGAAAUACGCAACGACGGAAUCGUGGAUAUAUAGAAUUAUUGCGCGAUGUCCUUAGGUGGAUACGAGUUGCCAUCAAUUAACGUUAUGAGUACUACCGUUCAUUUCCUGAAAUAUUUCUCUGUACCAUCUUUACCAUUUUAUUUUAAUUCGUUACUUAUAUUUUCUUUCUCGCUUAUGAAAUUUCUUAUAAAAAGUCAGCUUUCAAGCUGAUUUAUCUACUUUAAUUAGAUUAAUCUACAUUAAUUCCUAUGAAAUGAUGAAAAAAAAAAAACGAUUAGUCAAUGGGAAAUGAACUGUAGUGGAGAUCACGUUACAAUUGAAUUUGAUCGUUCAGAAUUUAUGAAUAAAUGAAUAGUUGUUAUAUUAACGAUUAUAUCGCAAGGAGAAAGGAGAGCGUGGUGUGGAGACUAAAAUCCCGUUGAUCGCGGAAAACGGCCAAUCACUUAUUGACUUAACGAAGAAUGAGUUAAGCAUGAGCGUAUAUAUAAAUCUCGUGAAAAAUUUCGAUGAAAGGAUCUCGUUUAAAGUAUACUUUCGUAUACUUUAUCAUACAAAGUGUGAUUACUUAUCAUACAAAGAAUAAAAUUUUGCCCAUACGUGCUUCUUUUACAAAGUCUAUCAUAUGUUUUUCUUUUUUUUUUCUUUCUUUUUUUUAUUUUCUUUUUCUUUUUUUUUUUUUUUUUUUUUUAACGCAUGAAACAUGCUCGCUAUUUAUGAUGCUCGUUAUGAUUAAGUCCUAAGAGAAAGAAACAAAAGUGCUUGUUCGUUUAACGCAUAAACGAUUCGAAUCAUAAUCUAAUCGCGACACCGUAUACAUUCAUUUACAUACAACUGAACGACGUCUCUAUUAAAAAAAAAGAUAAUUAAUGAAAUAAUAUAUAAAUAUAGGUGAAAAGAAAAAAAAAUUCUAGCCGAAUAUGAAUCCUUAUAAUAUGUAUACUGUACAAAGUUAAUUAUAAUUAUGUUUUGUUUCAUCGACUCGUACGGGGAAGUACGCAUGCAGAUGCAGAUAUAAGUUCGGUAUCUGUAUUAUAAAGACAUCAAUGCAGACAACGGUAUACACAUACACGCACAUACAUUUAGACACAUUAAACAUGCACUUAAAAGGAAAAAUAUAAAUAUAUAUAUAUAGAUUAUCAAAAAAUUUUCUUACAGAUAGCGCGCGCGCGCGCGCGCGCGCGCACACACACACACACACACACACACACACACACACACACAUACACACUUUACAUUCACGCAUAAAAAUAUUCCAUCAUGAAAGACGAACGGUACAAGAGACGGUGUGCACGCGUACGUAAUUACGUUACGUUUGAGUGACGGUCAAGUUCUAACACAAUUGCAUAUUAGGUAUGUAUUAUACGAAUGCAUAUUAGGUAUUUAUAUAGAAUCUAUAUAACUGUAUAAUUGUAACGAAAUGCCAAUGUCCAUGGACCCAGGCAACUGUAUCAUCUGACAACGCGCGAUCAAUCGAAUUGAGGGUGUUGCGGGCCUGCAGUCGCUUAGGUCCAAUUCCCUGGACACAGGAAAAGGAAAAAAAAAACAAAAACAAAAGGAAACAUGUGACAAGAACAGGAAAGAAAUUGAGGAUUAAAAAAAAAAAAAAAAAAAAAAUGGAGAAAAAAUAUAUAUAUGAUACUGAACGGAAAAGAGAAGGCAAAUAAUAAUAUUCAAAGACGAACGACCGAGUUGGAAGGAGAAUUAACCGCAGUCGAGUUAUUUCUCUCAAUGGAAAAGGAAAAUCUUAAUACGCUUUGAUUCUGCAACGCUGUGCUAAUAUCAACAAUGAUAAUGAAAGAAAGAAAGAUUUAAAAAAAUAAUAAUAAUAAUAUGAAGAUGAAUAAUAUCUAUCCGUUCUCUUGCGUUUCUUCGUGAUCGAAACGAUAAUCGAUUAAUCGAAAUAAUAAUCUAAAUAUAUUUCGCACUGGUGCGGAAUAAGAAAAAAAAAAGAGCAGCGGAGCGGCAUAGAUGCAUUAAACGCAUAAAGUGCUAUUUAAUUAAUGAUGGACGCGUUCCGAUUCGUGCGUUAUCGGCGCGUUUACGUUUGAAGAGAUGAGUAAAAUUUUAUUUAUUUUUUAGCAAUGAACCUAUUAUCUAUUUCGAUAAGAUAUUUCUUUGAUUGCAUUUCCUUCGAAAUCGACAAUUUCGGCUGGUCUGAAUUUACUUAGCACGUAGGUUUUGAUGAUAUAAAUAUGAAAUAUAAAUCACAAUAACAAAUUCGAAUACGCACGAGUGGGUGAAUCAAUGAGAAAGAUAUAUUGUAUAUCCCGAUCCUCUUCAAUUUAAGAAUAGUUUGAACUAGAUUCACGCGCGAUUCUCUUUGUCAUAAACAUUAUCUUGUGAUAUUAUUAUUGUUACAAUUUUUUGUCUAUCUUAUUUUUUUCAACAAUCGAACGAUUAUUAAAGAAAUGUUGAACAAUGUUUAGCAAAAAAAAAAAAAGGUAUUUCUCUAAUGAAAUAAUAUAUUUAACUGUUUGUUUGUAUUCUUUCUUUUUUCAUCAUCUUAAUAAUAUUUUCUUUUAUCUUCUUUUUAUCAUUCUUCGUCAAACUUUUCAUUGAGUUUAAGGGGAUCGGUGAACCCGCAAUCUGUGCACAAGGAGUAAUAUAAUAAUUGUCCAAACUGAGCGUUCUGAUAGAAACGGCAAAGAAAAGGCAUAGAGGAAAACUGAUCGCAAAACUGGCGCAGAUGGUAUGACAUAUUGUGAUCUAUAAAAAAAUUAACAAAUUACAAAGCAUCAACAAGUAGUAGAUAUUUAAGAUAAAAUAUACAUACACGUACACCUACGGUGAUCUAGACACACUGUCUAAUUGAUGUACGCGGUCACGUGUAUAACACACACACAUUAAAAACAUUAAAACAUAAAAUAAUCACAUGUUAUUGAAAUGAGGACGACUACAACGUACCUAAAUAAUAAAAAAAAAAAAAAGAAAAAAAAAGAAAAAUGGAAAAGAAAAAACAAAGAAACAAAGUCAGAAAAAGAGAGAAAAUAUAAAUUAAAAGAGAAAAAAAGAUAACACAAAAAAGAAAUCGUCUGAUACAUUAAAGAAAUAAAGAAAUAAAUGAAUAAACAAAGUAAUAUAAACAAAUAAAGAAGGAAAAAAAAGAUAAAGAAUGAAAAAAACACGAUACUCCUGCCACGCAGCGAGUCCUUAGACAGCUUUAAGAUAAUAAUUAUAAAUAAUGAUAAAAUAAUAAUUAUUAUUAAAUAAUAACGAUAAACUUUCUAUAUGUUGAAUCGUGUCUAGUGAGAGAAGUACUCUAUUGAAAUAAAGCAAAAAAAAAAAAAAUCUACUAUCGCCACACACGGAUUAACAACAGUUUAUAAUUGACCAUUAGUUGUCUAUCGAAUGUUCUUUUUUCAUAUAGCGGAAAAGGUGAUUGUUAGAGAAUAGCUUGGUGUUUCGUUUGCUGUUUUACAUGAAAAAAAAAAUAAAAAUAAAAAAAACGUUGUGCGGUUGGUAAUCGGCGAACCUUU